GUGAUGUCGAGGCAAUACUUGUGUUCAAGAAGUUUUUAUUUCUAGUUUUAUUUCUACAGUAAGAAGCCAUGACCGAAAUAUUGGUUAGGUGGCUAAACGAUGAACUUUCGUUAUCAACUGUUGUUGACCAACAGAAUUUUGCCCGACAUUUCUCAACUGGUUACUUGAUUGGUGAGACCUUGAAUAAGUAUCAACUGCAAGAUGACUUUCAUCAGUUCUCUCAGAGCAAGACAGCUGAUUCGAAGCUCAACAAUUUUACGAGAGUGGAGCCAACUUUACAUCUGCUGGGUAUUCCGUUUGACACAAAUCUUGCCCGAGAUAUUAUGACCGAGCGACAUGGAGUGGCUACAAGAAUUAUGUAUCAGCUGUAUAUUGCACUCAACAACAAGAAGAAGUCGAAUCUCACAGGGGUGGCUAUGGAAACUAUGCGACCUGCAGCUCCUGCUAAACUGAAUGCAGUGGAAACAGAAAUAUAUCGAGAGCGAUUAAAACAAGCCACUCCAAGACAAACUGAUUUGGACCUUGAUGCACUAGUGUCAAAAUUUCACCAGCGACAAAUAGAAAUGGAGAAGACGGCUUUCAAGGAACGAUUCUUUGAGCAGGAACGUGUAUUACAGCAGCAACAGAUGCAGAGGAAGUCGCUGCUGGAGAGGUCAAAGUACUUGAGAGAAAAACAGAGUGAGAUGGUUGCCAAGAUACAGGCAGCUACUGUACACAUUCCUUCCCCACCUGCUGACAAGACUGACAAAGCACUACAGAAGAAAAGAAGGGAAAAGAAAAAGAAAGAAGCACAGGAUGCCAUGGAGAAUAUUGCUAAAUUUGAAGAAAAGAUGAAAACCAUGUUGAUUCCUUCAAAGUCCGAGGGAGAUAUUAUUGACUAUGUUGAUUUGAGUUACACCAUGACGAAGGAUGAUGAGGAGAAGCAUCGUCAGCUGCUGCGCGAGAUCCAGAUGUCAUCAAACAGCGAGUACAUCGGCAAGAUCCGCAAACGACUGCAGGAAGACUCGGCUGCCCGUGAGGAGAGAGAGAAACGACGACGGAAAGUUUUAGUUGAUCAGAUGUUGGCUCACGAGAAUCAAGAGGAAGCGCACCGUGAGGAGAUGAUGGUGAACCGGUUGAUGCGACAGUCUCAACAAGAGCGGCGGAUUGCCGUCCAGCUACUGCAGGUUCGUCGUGAGAAGGAGACCAUCUGUCGGAACCGGAUGCUCCGGGAGAAACAGUACGAGCAGAGGAGACUGCAGGACUUUGAGGAUGCACUCAACAGAGAGGCUGAAUUGGCUCAGCUGGCGAAGGAGCAGUAUCGUCUACAGAUUGAGAAGGAACAGCAGCUUCAUGAUGAGAUUGCUGCCCAGAGAGCACAGGCCAAGUACAAAAAACAUUAUGACAACUGCUACGAGGUUGUCAACGAAAUCGUCAAUUUUUCUGUCAACGUGGGCGAAUACCGGGAACUCACAAACAAAUUGUUACCACCCAAACUGGUGCGUGAAUGGACCGCCCUGUUUGUGAAGGGAUUGCCGUUGUAUGAACAGGUGAAAGAAGAAUCCACUGAGCCGACCCCAGAACAGAUCCUGGAGGAAGAAAGACAACAGUUGUUGGAUGAAGAAGACUUCAUGGAAUACAAGAACAUGACGGGUGAAUGGCAGCCUCGAGAAGGCAGUGAUAUAACCGGUCCUCCUCCUGAUAAUGCAGUACUAGGACACAUCAUACAGAGACUGUUUGACUUGGUUCAUCCACCUUCGCCUCCACCAGAGCCACCAGAGUUUCCUCCGUUCCCUAUUAGAGCAUGUAUUCUUGGCAAAGUGUUUGGUGGGAAAUCACAAUGUGCACGGAAACUGGCUGAUGCUCAUCGUCUGGAGGUUCUUAUAGUUGAUGACCUCAUUGAUGAAGCCGUGUUGGCACACAAGAAUGGGGAAAUCGAAGAAAUUAAGCCAGUGGUAGAACAACCCACAGAGAAACCAUCAGAGCAGACUGGAGUGGAAGUCAAGCAAGAUACGUCUGGAGAAGCUGCUGCAGGAGCAGCAGGUGCAGCCAGUGCAGCAGCAGGUGCAGAAGCAACAACAACAACAGCAGCAGCAACAACAGCAGCAGAUGGGGCUUCGGGCACUGAGCAACCUGCAGCUGCUCCACCAACAGCAGACGGUUCCCAGGAGGAGACCAAAGUGAAAGAUGAUGUUGUAUCUGUACCAUCGGAGGAAUCUUCAUCCAAGAGAAGUCUCAAAGGGAAGGCUGCUGGACCUCCAAAGCCAGAGCCAACACUGAGAGCAAAACUUGGCCUGAAAGCUAUGAGAAAUUUGAAGAAAGGCAAACCUGUUGAUGAUCAAGUAAUGGUGGAUAUUUUGGUUGAGGCAAUCAGGAAAAUACCAGAAGGCACUGGAUGGGUGAUUGACGGUUUUCCCCAGACCUACAACCAGGCCAAACUGCUGGAGAAGGCCCUCAGUGGGUUUGACGCGACAGACCGGGAGAUGAAGAAGAUGUUCAAGAAGGCUUCAAACCUCGUUCCUGACCCACGACCUCCACCUCCACCAGCAGACCCCAAGAGUGGAAUCGAUAUUGUCAUUUACUUCGACGUGCCGGACGAACUGUGCUUGAAGCGGGCUGCUGGACGAUACCAUACAGUUGUAUCAGAAGAGUCUUACCAUGAAGAGUUUAAACCGCCACCAGAGGGCAGUGCGACUGGUAUUGGUAAGCAGGAGAUGGUAGUGCCAGUUCAGGAUGUAGCACACGACAUGGAACAGAUACAACACAGAUUGACAGGUUUUCAUGAUUCCUGGUCGAAGUUAAAGAAAUGGUUCACACGUUUUGGCACCUUGACAACUGUUGAUGCGACACAAGAUACUGAUGUUGUUUUUCUUGAAGUAGAAACAAUUCUUGAAGAAACAAUUCACAAGCUGCAACAUAAGGACGAGGAAAGUGUUCCUGCCACAGAGGAGACUGAAACUCAGCUCAUAGAAGAGCCACCACCAGAACCGGUGCCUGAGGUACCAGAGCCACCAAAAGAGGAACCUCCAGCAGAAACAAAAUCACCACGAAGUCGUUCUGGUUCAGGAAGGAAAGGUUCUAGAGGGUCAUCAAAAGGUGAGAAAGAAAGCAGACGGAAAAGUGAAUCCCCUAAACAGGCUGGAAGCAAAAAAGGAGACAAAAAGAGCAGUCGAAGCUCCUCACCUAAGUCACCUAAAUCUUCUAAGAGGGGCCGGUCACCUAAGAAAUCGAAAACUCCUGAACCAGAACCCGAGCCUGAGCCUGAGGUUCCUGCAGGACCUCCACCUCCAGAACCAGGCUCCGAGGAAUGGGAGUUUGUCGAUCAGCCUAUUGAAGAUGACUUGUCAAAGAUUUUAUUAUCUUAUUGGGAAUGCGUAGAAAAGACUUACGUCAACAACAGCAAACAUGUAUUCCGAUCAAUCCGACAUGAACGGGAGGACAUCUAUCGCUAUUUUUAUCAGAUCAGGAAAGAUUUCUUGGGAUAUCUUAGAAGACCAGACCACAAACAAGAAUUUGUUACCCAAUGGCAGAUGAAUUACAACAGUAUAUCUGAUGACAUGAGGGAUGACGAUGAAACGAAGGCGGACCUCCACCAGACCGUGGAUGACCUGCGGGAGAAACUCUGGGACAUCUGUGAUGAGAGGAAAGAGCAGGCAGAGGCCGAGAGGGAGCGGGUGAUGAACGACGGCUGGCUCGACGACAGGAUGGGAGUCCUUAGUAACCACUACAUCACAGUCAUGCAGUGUGAAGUGGACCGGUUCCAGGAUACAGUGCGACUACUAAAGGACUACUACCGUGGUAUAGAUGGCCAAAUACCUGAUGAACUGAAUGAACAUUAUGCAAGAAUUCCCCUAAUAGAGCUUCCUGUAGAACGACCUGAACCUCCAGAAAAACCAGAAGACUCGGAACCAGAAUCGCAGGUCGCUGAAGAGCCACCCAAGUCGCCCAAAGAUCAGGCCAAGUCUCCUAGUGGCCGAAGAUCCAAGUCACCAAAAGAAAGCCGCAGCAAAUCUCCAAAAGAGGCUCGCAGCAAAUCUCCAAAAGAGGCUCGCAGCAAGUCGCGUACCCCAUCAGGCAAACGCCACAAGAGUCUAGAUAAACAGGCAGAACCCACACAGCCACAAGAGACCGGCAAAAAAGAAAGGAAAAAAAUUCCCUUGGUUCCGCGGCGCCCUGUAUCUCCAGAUCCAGAUGCCAAGCCAGGAGCAGCAGCAGGAAAAGAUAAGAAGGAUAAGAAGGGAGCAAAAAAGGGAUUGGAUGAGGGAGCUGCUGUGGACAGCCCAGUGCCUCCCCUGGACCCGGAUGAGAAGCUCCUGUUUGAUGCUGCCCAUUUUGGCGUCACCGGCAUCUCGCACAUGAUGGCAGCUGAACUAGCAGCAAGAGAGGCUGAGGAGGAAGCAGAAAGACAGAAAGAAUUGGAACGAGAGAAGGAACUAGCCAACAUGAGCAAGGCAAAGAAAGGCAAGAAGGGCAAGAGUCGCAGCCCUUCACCAAAGAAAGGAAAAGUUAAGGAAGCUGAAGUUGCACCUACUCCCCCACCAACUGUAGAGCUUAGUGAAGAAGAAAAACAACUGAAGUUGGUCAAAGACAAAAUCAGAGCUGAAUACUAUUUUUCCAUUGCACAAGAAGAAGCAGCAGCCAAACUUCGACUUGAACUGAUCAAGACUCUAGGCAUUGCGAUUCUCCAGGACCUGAAGGCCAAGGCAGACGAUGCAUUCAAGGAUCUCAUCGACUGGCUUGGUGCUAGGUUCCUCAAAGAAAUGCAGAGCAUUGAUCAGAUGUCAGAGCUGAUGCGUUAUGCCAUUGAAGCCAAAGAGAAAAUCAAGACACAGAUUAUUCUUGAGCAGGAAGACUUCCUACUAGAUGAGGACUUGGCAGUACUGAAAUCACCUACUCCUCCCCCACCCCCAGAUCCGGUGGAGGCUCCCAUGCCGGACCAGUUCACUGUGAACCAGCUGAUAAUGCUGUUUGAACAGUUUUUCGCCACUGCGCCGAGUGGAAUCAUGUCAACCCGAUCAUUUGCAGAAACCAUAGAGAAUCUUGUGUCAGUCACGUAUGGCAUGGAACACCUGCCUGACAUGUGGAUGAGGAUAACUACAACACAGAUUAAUGAAAUCGUCACAACUCUAGCGGGUGAAUCGGAAUAUGUGGACUGGCGUCGCUUCAUGCUGCCCCUCACAUCCCCAAUGCCAACACCAACCCAAGCCGAGCUGUUGGAGACACUGCACAAUUUCAAAGAGAUGGAUCAGAAGUCUACAGGAUUUGUAACCAGAGAGCAAUAUGACAGGACCAACCUGUGGUUCUCCACCGAUGAGGACCUGGAUGAACAGACGAACGGCUACAACCGAUUGGCUCACCUCAAGAAAGCAUUGUUUGACAUCUUUGGUCGUCUGGACAAGAUGCCCUUGGUACUCGACUACAUCUCCAUGCUGAUGUACUAUAGUGCAGUGCACAAUGCUCACCAAGGCUUCCUUCGUGCCCUGAGUGUGGCAGCCGGCACUCAUAUGCCCCGUUUAGACAAACCCUCAUUCAAUGCCCAUCAGAUAUCCAUGCCCUUGACCCAGGAGCAGGCAAGGAGCCGUCCAGACAGCACUCUGCCGUGCACUCCUGAGAUGGAUGACAAGGACCUGAAGCCGGUGGAGGAGCCUCCCAUGACGGAGGAAGACAUCCCAGAGGACGCAGUCAAUGCUCAAGUUACCGUCGAUGCACUCUACAGAGUUCUUCACCAUGGUGAUAGUUCCCAAGGUGACAGUCAUCGAUACAGUGCAUUAGCUGAGCCAGAUGAUGCAAUCUCCAAGGAUCGGCUGAAUAUGGUAUUCCAUGAACUGGGCUGUGACGGUGAAACUCGAGUCCCAUACAAAAUACUGAUAGAACAUCCACUUAUUCAGGACAUUGUCAUUAGAUGCAAGUCCUUCAAACUACUGGAUAUCAAGGGAAUCUUGUCUGCUUGUCCCCAGGAGAAUAUUGAUGCUCACAGCACAAAAACUGUGGAUUAAUUAACAAAUUAAUUAAUGAGUGUUCAAGUAAAGCUGGAAAGAUAACUGGAAUGUCUUUUACAUUUGAACAAGUGUUCUGGCGUAACUAACAUCUACAUUGGAUAUUGAAUUGAAAUAUUUUACAUUUGAACAAGUGUUCUGGCGUAACUAACAUCUACAUUGGAUAUUGAAUUGAAAUAUUUUACAUUUGAACAAGUGUUCUGGCGUAACUAACAUCUACAUUGGAUAUUGAAUUGAAAUAUUUUACAUUUGAACAAGUGUUCUGGCGUAACUAACAUCUACAUUGGAUAUUGAAUUGAAAUAUUUUACAUUUGAACAAGUGUUCUGGCGUAACUAACAUCUACAUUGGAUAUUGAAUUGAAAUAUUUUACAUUUGAACAAGUGUUCUGGCGUAACUAACAUCUACAUUGGAUAUUGAAUUGAAAUAUUUUACAUUUGAACAAGUGUUCUGGCAUAACUAACAUCUACAUUGGAUAUUGAAUUGAAAUAUUUUAUAGACUGUGAUAUUUUGUUUAUUAUUAUUUUCCAUAUAGUUGAAUUGUUGUAUAAAACAUUUGUGAUAAUGAUGUUAUGCUCAAUUCGGUGACAUCACACGUGUAUUGGACAUUCUUAUCUGUUGAUAAUAUUGAUUUUAUCCAUGUUUUAUUAUAACAAAACAUCAAUGAUAUUGGAUUGGCCAAUGUUAAAACUUCGCCAAACUGACCUGAUUGUAUUAUUUUCACAUCUGUCACAUAUUUAAACAAACUGGCAUUCUAAUACUAUUUAGAAAAAUUAUUACACUUGUGUUGGGUACUAAGUAUGAAAUUUGUUCCUAGGGAAUUUAGAAAUUCACAACUAAAUUCAUCAAUUCAUACAACACACUCAUGUAAUACUAUUUUAAAGUUUUUUCUCACUAUAGAAACAAAAUGGGAAAGAACAAAAAAACAAAAAAACAUUAUUGGAGUAAUAUUAGUAUUACAGAUAUACUCUGUAUUGUUAACUGAAACAAAAACAAAAAGUAUUUUAUUUCAAUUAGUAAUAAAACAUACUACGAUAUAUUAAUGUAUUAUAUCUUCAAAUACAUGUAUUAUAACUUGAAGUCAUUAUUUUUAUCUUUAAAUAUGAUGUCUUCACGAAUUUACAGCCAAAAGCUAUUGAAGAAAAUGAUGUAAUAAAUGUUUUAAAGGGA